AUGGCCGUCACGGCAGAAAAUCUGGCAAAGCGCUUCAACAUUGGUCGGGAGGAGUGUGACGCCUACGCUCUUCGCUCACAAGUCCAGUGGAGACAAGGUAUCCUUUUGCUUUAUUUUGUGCGCUACAAACGUAUGCAUUGCUAUGUGCCUUUUUUAGUAAAUUGAAUCGUCAUGAAGGUGUGCUGAGAUCUCUACUGCAAGGAAUUUUGGUUGUCAAAGUAGCCGUUGCCUCCUUUCAGACCAGGAGCCUGCCUCCAUGAGCAUGCCAUAACCACUAGGGAUUUACCGCAUUCAGUCCUCGGCUAUCUUUUUUAUGCUAGUUGUACGCUCAAUAACUUGGUACCGUGCGGUUGUCUACCAGUCGCGCCUCUUGCAACUGCUUUGCCGUGUAAGUGUCACUCUGGCUCACCAUCUGGAGUGCACUAAAAUCGACGCCCUGUCCUGUUUUUUUCGGACUGCGUUGGUUUCAACCGGUUGCGGGGGCCUUACACCAGCAGCACCAGUCGGUGCUCGAGCAUUCUAGUUUGCAACUUUCUAGCCGUGUUCCAUAGUGCUCCCUUCGCCCUCCAGCGUUCUGGUUUAGGCGUUUAAAAAAACAGCUAAAUGCGUUGGUAUUCCUAGUCUUAUCGCCAUUUUACUCGAACGAAAACCGAACAAUCUGUGAGCCAGUGAACCACUUUGGGAUUGAAACUCAAAUAUUUUGGCCAAAUAACUUAUUAGACUCAGGGCCAAGCUAGAACUCAUCGCGUUGUCCGACCUCUUUUGCCUACGCUGGUGUCCCUCAUCGUGCUAAUCACCAUGGAAGUAAGUCAAAGCGCUCAGUCUUAUAUUCAUCCUGAUAAUUUGUGUGCUGCGACAAAGAAAACUUACAAUCGGUGAAACUGAGGAAAUAACUCUCGAGGAGCCAAAACUUUGCGGUUCAGGCGGGUGGCUUAUAAUUAAGAAGGUCUAAUGGUUAUUAAGUUCUCUUUUUCCAGACAGCAAUCUUUCCUUUCAGCCCAGGAAAACGGAAUUUUCAAAAAGGAACUUGUUGCAGUUCCCUUCGUGGAUAUGAAGGGGAAGGCUGGUGUACUCGAGACAGACGAGCACCCGCGUGAGACCAGUAUGGAAGCCCUGGGGAAACUGAAGCCAGCCUUCCAAAAAGGCGGCGUAGUGACUGCUGGAAAUGCUUCGGUAGGUCCCUCUCUCACCAUCGCAACCACCACCUAUUAUAAUGAUAAACUGCUAACCACUCGUUCGAAAGUAAGUGUUACCUUAAGGAUGCAUUAUUUCGAUUAUUUUAAUGCGUAAACGAGAAUGCUUGCAUUCCUGAGACCUGCAGUGGUGGCGUAGCUCAUGGAAUAUUAACUGAGAGUCCGAAGUGUUGUUUCGGUUAGAAGGGUUUGCUCAGAUGGGAUCGUAAUGUUAAUUAUCAUGCAGCAUAAUCCCGAGGUGUUUGGGUUGCGACAGGACGUCUGCUCUUGGAUACAACUCUUUCUGGGGGUCUGCAGACAUCGCGCUCCUCAAAAAUGACCACAUAAGUAGUAUUUUUACGUUGAUCUACUGUGUCCCUCUAAGCCCGUUCAUGCAAAAAACUGAGUAAAUAAAACAGCACAAGUAGAAUGACGUUUGUUCUUUGGUGAAUUUUGCACUUAAAUAUCCUUUGCGAAUUAGUAUAGUGUCAAGUAUGGUGGUCAGACAACAGCCUACAGUUUGAGUAUAUAUUCCAAAUCAGUUUCAUGAGAAUUGGCUGCAUUUUUUUUGUUUGUUCAUUGUUGGGGAUUUGGUUGACCAAAAACAGGAUUUCGCUUGAGUUCGCCGGUAGGGACGUUUUAGGAAUAAAAGUUUUUAUAAGGUCGCAUGUUGACAGACCAAUCAGCAACUAACCAAUUCAAUAGGAUUGGCUGGUACAGUCGUAAACAUACAAUUGUGUAUAUUGUGAGGAUUUUUCUUUCGUAAGAAUUGUUUGAAGUUUUUUUCGGCGCUUAAUCUAGUCUUCUGUCGGCUGUUGUCGAACAAGACACCUGUACACGGAAGAUAUGACAGAGUGGGAUCGAUUUGGCGGAUUCAGCGCUUAAUUCCUCACUACAACCAGCCCAACACACCUUUAAACUGCCAGCACGCGCUAAUAGUCGUUACUUAUAAGAUCGCCAACGACGGAGUAUCUUGGUCCCACUGGGGCCGAAGACCAGAUCGCACUUCCUCUUUACUGUUACCUUUAUGGCAGUCACUUGCAUGAGGUCCGAAAAGCCCUAAAUAGGGGGUCGUUAUGCGGGGAGCUGGGUACCAGGUCGUGCCUGGCACAAAGGUCAGUAUAUUUUAAGAGUAAUAGGCAAUGCCUUUGUAUACGGGCUGCUUGGCUUUUUAUUCACGGCACCCAGACCCACCUCUGACAGUCUUGACGCUGUUUUGCUAUCAGCAUGCAGUGGUGUGCGAAGAGGAGGUGGGGUGGAUGUAUCGUAUCACACACCUGCGUCCACCCCCUGGAACAGUGGUAGACCUCGCCUCUGGCGACCGCGACCAUGACGACAGCGAUAACUGUGACGACGAUUUUGUGUACAAUUAUCAUAAUGCCAAACGUUUUGGCUUUACGAGCUCAAUUCAGAUAAUUUACGACCGGUUUCCCCUCUCUCUCUCUCUCUCUCUCUCUCUCCCUCUCUCUCUCUCUCUCUCUCUCUCUCUCUCUCUCUCUCUCUCUUCACGAUUUCGUAAACUGAGUGCUCGAUGAUUUGGACGAAACGAAAUAGCUCUGCCGCUCGCGGAUGUUUUGGUGAUAGCCAGGUCAAAAUAGUGGAUCGCGAAGCUGAACGACCUGUCGUCAACGUACUCAUCCGUGUCAGAUUUUUAAAGCUUAAUCUGAGUGAACAAACAAUAGUCAAGUGAUUUUGGUGUUCGAAAAACAGUGGAUACGUGUCCAUUCUGCUUUUAACUUCCUUCGUUUACUAUUCCAGUGUCCACCUUCAGAGGAGCUGAUGAUUUUGUGA